AUGGGAUUUGAUUUGGCACAAUUAAGCCAUAGUUCGGGGAGCCAAAUACAGCAAAUAACUUUCCCACCGUUGCCGCUUGUCCGAUGUGGGAAAGACAUUCUUCAGCAACUUGAUAGUGCUCCAAUUUCCAAGCGUAUACCAAAUUGUCAAAAAUGCGGACAACAUGGAAGGAAAUCGCGACUGAAAGGACACAAGCGCGUUUGUCCGUAUCGUGAUUGUAAUUGUGCGAAGUGUCAAGUAGUGAGCGAAAGACAAAAGUUGAUGGCAGACCAAAUAAAAAUACGACGACGGCAGCGGAAAGACACACUGCUGAAUAUAACGCGGGAAAAUAUCACAGCAACAUUAAAUGCUGCCGCAGCAGUAGCUGCAUCCGGACCGCUGCCUUAUUUCCACAAUUUUAACGCACUUCUCUAUAAACAGCUUCAGCAAAACAUGCGUCAUCCAGCAGUAUCAUUUCUGCCUGGUCAACCUCCACCCACAGAAAAUAUCUUGGAAACUAGCUCCUUCAACAGCACUUCUGGUACUCUGAACAAUUAUCUUGCUAGUUCUGCAGCAGCAACUUCACUGAAACUCGGUCAGUCACCACAGCAACGGCCCUCACCCUCCACACUACCUCAUUUGCAGUUUCUUUUCCAGCCACAAGUGACCACUCCAACCACCACAACAACCAGUACUGUAGCGGAAAGUGAUCUUCCUGCACUUUCCGUCACGCCACCAUGUACACAGUCUGACACUAACACAAAUGCUAUCGUUGCUGCCAAUCCACUGAUAGCUGUCCCCGUACCCAUUAAUCCGAUGUCAGUUACGGGAAUCACUCCAAAUCUUGUGGCGCAGAAUGCUCUAUCUAGAACAUUGCAGCAACAACAACAGCAGCAACAGCAACAACAACAACAACAGCAACAACAACAGCAGCAUCAACAACAGACCCAUCUGACCCAAGCAGCCGUAAGUCAGACAUUAGCAAAUAAUCAAAUUCCAGCUUUUUUGGAGAACGACCAGUUGUUCCAAACACUUUUGAACAAUAUGCGGCAAUUGGAAUGGAAAAUUCCUGCUGAAACCGCAGCGGCAGCUAUCGUUCCAGAAAACGGCAACAAAGCGGAAACAAGCCAUAUGUCAAGCAUAUUUGUUAAUGUUUGUAGUAUGUAA